AUGGCGAUAAACGAAGCGAACAGACCACAAAACCAAAUCUCAUACAAAGGAUUAAAAGAAAACAAAUUUGAAAUUUCAAAAAUCGAACAGCUCCGGCGGCGGAAUCGGCUCGGUCGGGAGGCAAUCGCACUCCGUCUCCGGCGGCGAGGGAGUACGGACGCGUCUCAGCGCGUGGGUGCUGGCCGCGUGUCGGAUAUCACACUCGCGUAUCGGCUUGAAGUAGUCGCUCUUAGAAGGGCAGGUGGUAAGAUAGUGGGCGAGGGUACCCGAGCUGGUGCGAAACCCCGCAUUGGCGACGAGCACCAUGUCCUCGGCGGAGAGGCGCAGGCUGUCGGCGCGGGGCGGGGGCUCCGGGGCGAAACGCCUCCGUCUCCGCCGGCCGUGACCGGGCAGUCACAGCUUGAGCUCGUUCGCGAUCUUUGA